AUGGGCGCCAUAGACAUCCCCGAACUUCAGUUCACCCCUAUUGAGGAGAUCCAGGAACGGGUGUCGCGGGUAAAGAAGACGUUCCUGGAGCACAAGACUCGAGACGUCGAAUUCCGGCUUGUCCAGCUUCGGAAGCUUUACUGGGCCAUCAAGGACCACGAGCAACAGAUCGUCGAAGCCCUCCGGAGCGACCUGGGAAAACCGCAGUUCGAAACAGAAGUCAGUGAAAGCGUCUGGUUGGAAAAUGACAUUGUUUUCAUCUCGAAGAAUCUCCACAAAUGGGUCAAGGAUGAGAAGGCCGAUGAUAUCGACCUUACAUUCAAAUUUAUGAACCCGAAGAUCCGGAAGGAUCCGCUGGGUACCGUUCUAUUGACUCUUGGACCCGUUCUCGGUGCGAUCGCUGCUGGAAACACUGUGGUGAUCAAACCUAGUGAGAAUGCGCCAAAGAGCGCCGUUGUAAUGCAACAGAUCGUUGAGGCUGCACUUGACCCGUCCUGCUACACCAUCGUCCAGGGAGCUAUUCCUGAAACUCAGGCUUUACUUGCAGAACGAUGGGAUAAGAUUUUCUUCACUGGCGGUGCGACUGUUGGACGCAUCAUCGCCAAGGCAGCUGCCCCCCAUUUGACUCCCGUUGUGCUGGAGUUGGGUGGCAUCAACCCGGCUAUAAUCUCCAAGUCCGCAAACCCUAGACUAGUCGCCCGCAGACUACUUUGGGGUAAGCUUAUGAAUGCAGGCCAGGUCUGCACUUCUCAAAACUACCUCCUGGUUGACAGGAGCCUCGUCCCGGCUGUGGUCGAAGAGUUCAAGAAGGCAUACAAGGAAUUCUAUCCUAACGGAGCCAAGGCGUCUCCGGAUUAUGCUCGAAUCGUCAACGAAGGUGCCUUCCGUCGUUUGAAGGGGAUGAUCGAUAACUCCCAGGGCAAGAUCCUCAUGGGCGGCACUAUGGACGAGAAGGACCUCUUUAUUGAACCCACGCUCGUCCAGGUCGAAUCCCCCGACGAUUCCAUGCUCGUGCAGGAGAGCUUCGGCCCCCUGAUCCCUAUUCUUCCCGUCGAUAACAUUGACGAGGCCAUCAACAUCGCAAACAGCAUUCAAAGCACCCCUCUCGGGCUCUACCCCUUCGGCUCGAAAGCCGACACCGAAAAGAUUCUCUCGCAGACCCGCUCCGGCGGUGUUUCCGUCAAUGACGCCGCCCUACACAUUCCCACCCUCCCCUUUGGCGGCGUGGGCGAAAGCGGCUAUGGCGCGUACCGUGGCCGUGCGAGCUUUGACGUCUUCGUGCACCGCCGCCCCAUCACGAGUAGUCCGGGCUGGCUCGAGUCUAUCCUGGCGAUCCGGUACCCACCUUACGCAGGUAAACUGGCCAAGUUCAAGGCGGCGAGCGUUUCCGCCCCGGACUUUGACCGUUCUGGCCGUAAGGUCCAUCUAGGAUGGCUUCGAUAUAUCCUCACACUGGGCGGGGGUUCAGCUAAGGCCGGUGCUGGAAGGGCUGCUGUCGUUGCUGCUGGUGAGUCAUAA